CCCCCUUUUGUGUACAUUGACACAGCGUAAACCACCGUUAACUCUGCCGGUGUCCGCCAGAUGUCAGCAAUCCACACCAUUUGCCCGACACUCUCAACCGUUUCCAGCCACAUUGUCGUCGUCGUCCACCUGCUGCUGUUGCUGCCAAAACACCGAAGAUGUUCAACAGAAACACCACACCAUCACCAACCACAGCAACAGCAAUGUGUUCAUGUCGACACACACUCCAUACUCUGAUGUUUCUCAUUUCCUUGACGCUCAUCGUUGUGGUCUGGUCCACCGCACCAAUGGUCUCUGCGUCCGUUCCUCGUCUCAGGUUCGAAUAUAAACUCAGCUUUAAAGGACCACAUCUCAUACAAAAGGACAAAAGUAUACCGUUCUGGGAAUACGGCGGAGAUGCCAUCGCAGGUGAUGAAAAUAUUCGAGUGACGACAUCUUUGAAAAGUAAAAAAGGUUGGGUGUGGACCAAAAAUCCUGUCCCACAUGACAAUUGGGUCAUUGAAGUGACCUUCCGGGUCACAGGCCGAGGAAGGGUUGGAGCUGAUGGCUUGGCCAUCUGGUACACACUGGAUAAAGCAGUUGAAGGUCCUGUUUUUGGUAAUAUGGACAAAUGGAAUGGAAUGGGACUUUUCUUUGACUCAUUUGACAAUGAUGGGCAGCGAAAUAAUCCCUACAUUCUUGUAAUGCUAAACAAUGGUACGAGGGAGUAUGACCACAUGAAUGAUGGACACGACCAACAACUGGGUGGAUGUCUUAGAGAUUUCCGCAACAAACCUUUUCCGCUAAAGGCCAGAGUGGAAUAUUAUAAAAACUCACUCACAGUGUUUAUUCACAAUGGGAUGUCCAGUAACCAGAAUGAAUACGAACUGUGUCUGCGUGCAGAGGGCAUCCACCUUCCUAAGAAUGGAUUCUUUGGGGUGACGGCUGCAACAGGCGGAUUGGCAGAUGACCACGAUGUAAUGGCGUUCUUGACUCAUUCCAUGCAUGCUCCAGCUGACCAGAUGGACACAGGCACAAAAGUGUCAGAAGACGAGAAAAAGAAACUUGAUGAAGAAUUCAAAGAGUAUUACAAGAAACUUGAACAAGCCAAAGAAGAUUUUAAAAAAGAAAAUCCAGACAAAGCAAAGGACGAAUAUGACAUUGAUGUGGAUAAAUGGUUUGAGAGUCAAGGUGAGAGGGAGCUGAAACAGAUCUUUGAAGGUCAAAAUAGCAUAUAUGGAACACUCCGAGAGUUAAACAAGAGGCUGGACGAGUUAUCUGGACGCCAGGAGUUGAUUCUCUCAAAAGUCACAUCCAUCCAGGCACCUGUGGCAGGACAGCCACCAAUACAGCAUGCACAGGGCACAGGCAUUCCAAUGGACACAAUUAGGAGACAUGAAGUUGAUAUGGUGAUUAACAAUCAAAAUGACUUCCGAGCACAGAUGAAAGACAUAAGGCAACUGAUUGGUUUAAUCAAGGAGAAAGCUGACCAUUUUAGUGGUGUUGGUGCAACGAACGAUGGCAAGGCACCUGGUGGUGGAUCUGGAGCUAACAUGCAGUUGCAGAUGGCGCUACAUGAAGUGAAAGACACCAUCAAACAAGUGCGCACUGACACAGCAAACAUCUUAAACACAUCUCAGGGAUCAAACACAUCAUGCCCUAACAUCAACUGCAUAUCUCCGAAAGUGUUUUUCAUUGGUUUAUCUGUACAGAUUGCUGCUCUUUUCAUCUAUGCCAUGUACAAGCAAAGCAAGGAAGCACAAGCCAAGAAAUUCUAUUGAAAACAUUGUUUUUUGUUGGUUAUUGUUUUUUUUUUUAACUCUCUCUCUUCUUCCAUCUCAGUUGAAUACUGUGUCUCUGGAUGUUUGUGACUGAGACUAUUUGUGUGUGUGUGUGUGUGUGUGUGUGAGAGAGAGAGAGAGAGAGAGAGAAACUGCAGAAGCAUUUCAUUUGGAAGUUGAAAGAGAUAUAUGAGACAAAGCUGUAGGUUUUCAUGUCUCACAGCAUGUGUGUGUGUUGUGUGCCUGGCUAUAAGUCUAUGUGUGUGUGUGUUAUUUUGUUUUUUUUUAUGGCAAAUUGUAUAAAAGAAAUAAAUAAAAUGAUAAUAAAAGUAUAAAAUGUAUUUUUAAAAACUAAAUGACGAUGUAAGGUUUGGGGUUGUGUUGAUGAGAGGAUGGUUGUAUUGUGUGCAUCUAUGUAAUGGUGAUGGAUAUCAUUUCAUAAUUGGGUCUAACCACUGAGGAAUAAAUCUGUUUAUACUAGACUAGAUUUAAACACCAACCCAUUCAAAUGUCACUUUCCUAAGAAUUCCUUAACCAUCACUUCUCAUUUAUGUGGGUGGUCAGUCCCUGGCAAUUGAGAAAGAGAAUCCCAGUCUGUGAUCUUGCUAUACACCCCACCCCAAUCUGUUGUGUCUCCCCUUCUAUACACACUAACCUCUGCUCUCUCUAUACACCCCUUGCUCUUUGCUGAAUCUCUAAACAAACAAUUUAAGUUCAUUUUCAUACAGUAAAAGACAGCAAAGCAACUUCCAUGGUCAAGCGGUCACUCGUUCUUUGUGCAGUGUUCAGAGUGGAUGGACGUGAAACAGGAUUCAUUACACUGGACUUGGUCAGUGACAAGAAGAGGAAAUUGCUCCAGUCUAUGGCAGAAUGGUAAAAUGCAUGAGAAAAUAGUAAAAAUGAAAUUUCAUCAUUGUUUAUCAUUUACCAUUUCACUUGACACACGUCAGCCAACAAGGGUGCCUCAACAUGGUUGCUUAGCCUGCUAGAAAUAGCAGCGAAAUAUCCCACAAGUCACACUCAAGAAAAUUUGGUCUUCAAUAUAUAUAUAUAUAAACUAGAUGGUCACAGUUGGAAUGUCUUUAAGUUGGUUUGCUGAACGAGGAAGGACUUGUUGCUAAACAAUAACGAACACUGUUCAACAGGUGAGGCAUAGAUGUUCUGCAAUACCUGUCCUGUCACGCUGCAGCUGAGCAGCCACUUUGCCAAAACCACAAACUAUGCAAUGUUGAAGCAGCCACCACCACCACCACCAUUGUAUCUAGACAUACUACAGUACAACGUUGCCGUAACAAUAACAGCAACCCCUGUUCUGACACUCCAUUGACCAGCAUCUAGAAGCUGGGGCUGAACAAUAAUCGCUGCAGCCACAAAAGCACAUUGUCAUUGCUGCUGAUACACCACACUCCAAUACCACUCCUGAUACUAUAUACUGCUGUCACUGCACUCCAAUACCACUGCUGAUAGCAUAGGGCCUUCGGUAUUGCUGCUGAUACACGACCGAACCCUACUGCUGACAUCACACUGCAGAACCACUUCAAUACUGUUACAGGCGUCAAACUUCAAUAGCACUAAUGACAUACAACUUUUGAGAGAGGAGCAGGAGGGGACCGUGAAAUAAUGGAAUCGAGCAAGUCUAAUGUGGCUGAAAGAGAAGGGUCUGGAUGUAGGUAUGUACACACACACACACACAUGUACUGUACAUUAUUUACACUUGUUUGCAGAACCAUCAAGUACCUGGUUAAUUACUGUGUAAACACACUGUGUUUAUGAGGGUGUAUAGACUCAUUCACAUGGACAUACACAUACCUAGUACAUGGAAGUAAAUAUACACACACAAAUGCACAUUUGUAUGUGUGUAUGUGUAUAGAUAUUAUUUGUUUUCUCUGCAUUGCUAAGCACAGGUAUAGGUGAAGGAAUGUUAAGAACAUGAAAUUACAUUCACCUGAAAAACAUCUCUCCUCUCACUAAAAUAUAUUCUCUUUUCUUUUCACAUUUAUACCUUUCAAAUAUGUUUUAGAAAGGGUUUUUCUGAAAUUUGAAUUGCCUAAAUUUUAAGCCUGUUUUAUUUAUUAUUGUUUUGAAUAUGAUGGAGAAUUGGUAAAAGAGUUCUUGAGAAACUGCCAUGCACAAUUGUAUUUAGUUGCACAGCUUCACCUCCAGUGUUUAACUCCUACAUUGGUUGGAAUUGAACUCCAAUGUUUUCUCACUCACGAAAAAUGUGGCCUUGCAUCUAGGUUAGUAACGAAUUUUAUUAGUCUUGAAAGCCAGGGAAUUCAGAAUUGGGAGAAUGGCAGAAGGGAAUGAUUUAUGUUAUUUAGCUUUUAACCUUUACAUUGUGAGUUCAGAUCCUACCAGCAUCAAGAUUUGCCUUUCACACUUUUCGCGUCAACAGAAUAAAAUAAUGAAGUGAUAGGUAUACAUAAUACAUGAAAUGUUCCCCUUCGUGCCUACCAUGUUAGAAAAAUAAUCGUUGCUAGGUUUGUCACCUUUUAUUAUUUGUUUUCUCUGCAUUGCUAAGCACAGAUUUGUGGUUUGGUUUUACAGUUUCCGAUACAUGUGCUUUAGGCAUACACAAGUCCUGGGAUUGGGGUUUAUGUAUUUGUCUGCUUGUUUUUUAAUCAUUCCUAAAACACCUGUCAUAGGAUUGUUUGUUUCCACUCUCCACAUUUCUCUGUUUUCAGGUCUUUAUCAUCAUCAUCAUCAUCGUUUAACGUCCGCUUUCCAUGCUAGCAUGGGUUGGACGAUUUUGACUGAGGGCUGGCGAACCAGAUGGCUGCACCGGGCUCCAAUCUUGAUCUGGCAGAGUUUCUAUGGCUGGAUGCUCUUCCUAAUGCCAACCACUCCGAGAGUGUAGUGGGUGCUUUUUACGUGCCACAAUAAUAAUAGUAAUAAUAAUAAUGAUGAUGAUGAUGGACUCUCUCAUCGAAGACGAUGUAUGAAUGUUCAACUUUUAACUUUGGUUAAUUUCUUUGAGAGAUAUUUUAUCCUAUCUUGGAAAUGAUACUUCAGUUACCUCGUUUCCUAGUUGUCCUUGACAACAAUAUCUGGCUUAUUAUCAUUGAUCUCCCUUUGCUGUGUUACAUGACAUACCCCAGAGUAUGAUCCUCUUUAUCAUCCUCGCAGACCUUCCCUAUUGCAUCCCUUUUCUGUUAUUAUUUCAAAAUAACUUCUAAUGUACAUAAGCUUCAACUCUGCAAUGCCUGCAGCUGUGUUCCUUCUUGACUGAGACUGAGCAGCAAUCACUAAACAUAUCAAAGAAGCACGUUCUGGUCCUUAGUAACCCAACAAAAAUCCUCAAAUGAUGAAGAUUUUAAGCCUUCAGAGAGGAUCUGUCUUGGUUUCUCUCCAUUUAUAUCAUUUGUCAAAAGAAUAUUUUGAAGAUUGGGAUUUCCUAUAUGGGAUCAGGAAAUACUUCAGCCCUGGUCAUUGACUGACACUUGGCAAAACUAAAAAGUUACCCAUUCAAGGGUUACUGCCCACAUAUCGAGGGUGGUUCUGUGACCACACUUCAAAAAUGGACAUUUACCCAGGCUUACAACUAUUUUCCUCUUUCUGUCCAUGUUCUUCUCAACUAGCAUUUCUUCAUAUAUCCUCUUAACUUAUUUGAUGCACUUUUCUCUCUUUACCCUUACUGUUUCUCAUGCCAAACUUGUUUGCUAAAUAAUUCUUAUAUAGUCAUUUCCUGCAGCCCUUCAAAUCUUUUCUGGCCUUUCUUCUUUCCUAAAAGCAUCAACAUAUUGAAAGAUUUGAAUGUAAAAAUUCACCCAUUCUAAGGACAGUUCUGAAAAGCAAUCGUAUUACUAACAUUUUACAAUCUACUUACAAUUAUUAACUGUACUUUGAUAGUUUUUAUUAAAGUUUUUCAAAAGUCAUAUGUGGCCUGCUAGAUCGAUCUGCUAAUAAGUGUGUCGGCUGUGUGCAAGAAAUAUGACAUACCAUGAAGCACAUAGCAGAGUAGUUUGUUGUCUUAGAUUAGUAAAUACACAAACUGUUCGUCUGGUGGUGUAGGCUUGCAAAAUGCAUUUGUUGUUAGCUCUACAUACGAGGAUCAGUUCCAAAUAAAUAAUUUAGCCAAGAGAGGUGUGUGGUCUGUCUUCACUGAAACUGAUGAUGGCCAACUAAAUUGAAAUCACAUAGAUUCAGCUAUGAAACCCAUAUGUUCUGCUUGGGGAUUAUAAACCCAAGAUUGUUUGGGAUUAAAUUUCCAUAUUUGUGAAACAAAAAAAUAGGGAAUAGCAAACUGGUUUUGCGUGAUAGACAAUGGUGUGAAAAAGGGUCAGGAAUUGCUAGCAUAUAAAGCAGUGAUAUACAUUUAAAAA